AUGGGCACGUGGAAGAUCAUCUCUUUGGUUGUCUAUGGGGCUACCAUCCUCCUGGGGCUGCCCUCCAAUCUCCUGGCCCUCUACGUCUUCUAUUGCCGAGCCAAGGCUCGUCUGACGCCCAACCUCAUCUACAUGAUCAACCUUUGCCUCUCCGAUUUGGUCUUUGUUCUCGUCUUACCGCUAAAGAUGCUGGAGGUGGGGCAGGUGGACUGGGCCAUGCCAGACUUCCUCUGCCCUCUUUACAACCUGAUCCACUUUGGCACAAUCUACACCAGCGCCUGCUUCCUGACUGCCGUCAGCGUGGGUCGCUUCUUGGGUGCUGUGUAUCCCAUCCACUAUCAGGUUUACAAAAAGCCUCGCUACUCAUGCCUGGUCUCCUUGGGGAUAUGGAGCCUCGUCGGAUUUCAUGGUGUUCUCAUCUUUGUUCUGGAGACCUCCAGGGACACCAAUUCCAGCCUCUUCGCUGGCAAUGGCUCCACUUGCUACAGUAACUUCAGCGAUGGCCAACUGGCCCUGUUAGCACCUGUCCGGCUGGAGCUGUCGGUGGUUCUGUUCUUCUUCCCCUUGGCACUCACCACUUUCUGCUAUGUCGGCUGUAUCCAUGUCCUGGUUGGGUCGCAUCUCCAUGUGCGGAAGAAGCGCCGUGCGGUGCGGGUGGCAGUGGCCACUCUCUCUGUCUUUGUCCUCUGUUUUGGUCCUUACAACAUAUCCCAUGUCGUGGGCUUCAUCUACAUGAAGGACAUUUGGUGGCGCAGAGUGGCUCUUCUUCCAAGUGCUUGCAAUGCUUUCCUGGACCCUCUGAUCUUCUAUUUCCUGUCCUCUGCCAUGGAUGAUGGGAUUGUCCAAGUGUGGCACUCCCUGCAGAAGAAAUGUAGCUCUAUCCGGCAGAAGAUUGCCUCGGCCCAUGGGAAAAGGGGGAGCCAACAGGUAGCGUCUGCCAUUGCCAGAGUGACAGAGUUUCCCUUUCCCACCGGACCUCCAAAAUCUUAG